UGUGUAUAAAUGGCGCGGGUUUCUGGUUUUCUCUCUCAGAGCUAGAAAGUAAAGAAGAGACGAGCAGAGAGGGAGAGUUGGAGAGAGAGAAUGUCGCCGGUGGAUUUUGCGUCCUCGGAGGAGAGCCGCGAAAAGAGAAACGAUGAACGGCUGGAUUUGCUUCACAUCGACACAAUGGAUCCAACGGUCACGAGCUCGUGGACUCUCCCUAGAGAAACUUUCCUUAGAGCUGCUCUCUCUCUUAAGGACCAGGUGGUGGAGUUCACAUGGAGAAGCAUUGGGAAAGGUGGUUGUGGUAGGCCGGGUUCGGGCGUGGAUACGGGUGUGGUUGAGGAUCCAACUGCCUAUUCGGGACUGCUGGGUACGGCCUUCACCUGCUUGAGGUCGUACGAGGUUACAGGUGAUCGGAAGGACUUGCUGUUGAGCUCGGAUAUCGUUGACACGUGUGCUUCAAUCGCACGUGCCUCCACCAGGCAUGUGACGUUUUUAUGUGGUAGAGGAGGAGUUUAUGCUCUCGGUGCUGUGGUGGCUAAUUACACGGGGGAUCAUGACAAGCGUGGCUUCUUUCUAAAUCUCUUCCUUGAGGUAGCAGAAGAGAGAGCACUCCCGGUUGGACCUGAGGAAGGAGGUUUUGGAAUGUCAUAUGAUCUUCUCUUUGGUCGAGCAGGGUUUCUAUGGGCUGCUUUGUUCAUAAACAAGUAUCUCGGAGAAGAGACAGUAUCAAUGGACCUUCUUAUGCCAAUUGUUGUUGCUGUGCUAGCAGGGGGGAGGGCAGGGGCCUCUAAUAACACAGCUUGCCCUCUGAUGUACCGAUGGCAUGGAACGCGAUACUGGGGUGCAGCCCACGGUCUGGCUGGAAUUUUGCAAGUGCUGCUUCACUUUCCUCUCUCUAAAGAAGAUGCGGAGGACGUCAAGGGCACAUUAAGGUACAUGAUGAGUAACAGGUUCCCUCAUAGCGGUAAUUACCCUUCAAGUGAAGGGAACCCCAGGGACAAGCUAGUGCAAUGGUCACACGGGGCAACUAACAUGGCCAUCACUCUCUCCAAGGCAUCUCAGGUGUUUACAAGUGAGAGGGAAUUCCGUGAUGCAGCAACAGAAGCAGGGGAAGUAGUAUGGAAGAGUGGAUUGGUGAAGAAGGUAGGUUUAGCAGAUGGUGUGGCCGGGAAUGCUUAUGCCUUUCUUUCGCUUUACCGGCUGACCGGAGAGAGCAUCUAUGAAGAGAGAGCAAAAGCAUUUUCAAGUUUCUUGUAUCACAAUGCAACAAAGCUUGUGAAUGCGCAGAGUGGAUGGCACAGAGCUGAGCUUGUCUACUCUCUUUUCCAGGGACUUGCUGGCAUAGCAUGCCUCUGGUUUGAUCUGUUCUCCCCUGUGAACUCCAGGUUCCCUGGGUAUGAACUUUAGGAACUUCUAAAAUAUCAAAGUGUAAAUGCCAGAUAUUACAUAUAUAUGU